GCGCGGAUCUGGAUGUGCGGGGAGUAGACCUUCGCGAGCUGCGCAGCGACUUCCUGGGUGCCGUCAGGGGAGCCGUCGUCGACGAUGAUGAGUUCCCAAUCAAGAUCACUGCGCUCGUUUGUUAGCAUUGAAUUGACUUGCCAACGGCAUGUGCAAGGAGGGGACAGGGCCACGUACUUCUCUGUGAAUGUCUUGUUGAGCAACCAGGUGAUUAUAGGGAGGUUGCGUCGCUCAUUGUACGUCGGUAGAAGCACCGAGUACUUGUUCUUGCUCUGUUUCGGCGGCAUUGUCACUGUUGCGGUGUGGGCUUCUUCUCCGCGCAGCUGCUCAGGUAGAGGUUGAGGUGUCCCUACCACCAAUUAUUGGAGCUCGGACCAUUGCUCUUACCCCUUUUGGCGCCGCAAAUAGUCCUACCAACCUCCACGCAUAGUCAAGCAUGCAUGCUACACGACCAUUGCAGGUGUCGAGCCACAAUCGGUUCAGCAAGAAUCUGUUGUUGUGUUUCGAUGCCUUUGGUACUCUGUACAAGCCUAAUGUAGCGGUUCCAGCAGCGUAUGCACUUGCAGCACAACGUCACGGAAUCAAUUGUGUUGCGGAUGGUGUGAGCUCGAUACCAAUCGAGCAGUGGACUCCGGCAGAGUAUGAACCAGUCAGCGUAUCGUUCAAACAGGCAUACAAGCGUCAAUCCUCUGAGAACCCGAACUAUGGAAAAGAGACGGGUCUGGGAGCAGAGAAAUGGUGGGCAAACGUCAUCCGGGGCACUUUCAAGCCAUUUCUCAAACUCCAAGAAGAAGUCCCGGAUGCCCUUAUAGCAGAGCUACUGAAGCGUUACUCCAGCUCAGAAGGCUAUGAUCUGUUCCCGGACGCCAAGGCCUUCUUCGACAAGCUCCGACAAGCUCGUGCUCAGCCCUCCGCAUCUCCGUGGAGGUGGGAAAAGGUCGUUGUAGGAGUUAUAUCGAACUCGGAUGACCGUGUUCCCUCGAUUCUAUCAUCACUAGGCCUGAACGUACAACCCAGACGUGUGGGUUCAGAAAUCGGACCGAUUGCCGAGUCAGAGGACAUCAGCUUCGUCGUUCAUUCCUACGAUGUUGGCGUCGAGAAGCCUGACAGACGCAUUUUCAACGCUGCAAGAGAUUUGGGGAAAGCCUUGGGGUCAAUGGACGAUUGCUAUAGGCUCUACGUUGGCGACUCGAUCGGCCAAGACUAUCAUGGUGCAAAGAACGCAAAGUGGCACCCUCUGCUCAUCGACCGGGACUAUAAGAUUGGUGGGACAAAGCCAAUUGAGCUAGUCAAUAACUGGAUCCAUGUCGUGCGUGGCCUCGAUGAGCUGGUGAACUACGACAAGUACAUCGAGGCGCACUGGGAACUCAAGUCGAAAGCACGAGAGUCGAAAGCACAAGAGUCGAAAGCACAAGAGUCGAAAGCACAAGAGUCGAAAGCACAAGAGUCGAAAGCACAAGAGUCGAAAGCACAAGAGUCGAAAGCACAAGAGGUGAAAACACAAUCUGGUGAGGAGGGUUGACUUGUAGGCAUACGAUGUAUAUUAGUUUGCGAGCGGACAUCAUUUGAGGGAUUCGGGACGAGCAGAUCAACGUUGUGACCCCGCUGUAACCUUCUUAGUUCCUAUGUGAAGGACCAUCUGGGGAUGGAAUUGUUCC